UAUUUUGCAGGACCCCGUUCGCAAGCAAAAGAUGCCGAUUACACUGUAAACAAGCAGAUCAARCUAUACCCUGAGUUUGUGAAAUAUCGCUUCUACUGUGCUAGGGGUCACUUGGUUCCUAACGCCGACUUUGCCACCGACGCACAGAGAGCUACAACCUUCACCCUCACCAACGCUGCACCUCAAUGGCAGAAAUUCAACGCUGGAAACUGGGUUAUCAUGGAGAAUGCUGUGAGGGAAUACUCCCUUAGAAAACAAAGAGACUUGUACGUCUUCACAGGAACAGGUGGAGAAGCGAUUAAUGAUUCCACAGGAGCUGUAUACAAAUUGAAUGGCAAGGUCACGGCUYCUAAGUAUUUCUGGAUCCUWGUAUGUGAUGUGAAGAUCARACAGAUGGUYAUAUUUGUUGGUACGAAUCCCGUGGGAAACUCAAGUGAAGAUCGUAAAAAAGGCUGCAAUGGUAGUUACCACACCGAGAAUCGUGGUGUAAUGCAGUGCUAUAGUUAUAACCAGGUGAAAAAGGACAGCAAAUACUCUGACUUCAAGCUUCCUUCAAUGAACACCUCUAAUUGUCCAAUCAACACGAAGGGAACCUUCCUAAAUCCCAAGUUUAGCUAAAAACAUARUUGAUAUAGCCCAGGAAUCUUUUGACAUUGAAGAAAUUAUUACUAAAAUGUAUAAUGAUGUAUUAAUCUAGAUGAAUAAGGGGAUAACCUGAACAUAAAAUGUAAGUAAUAAAAGAUAGAUAAAACGUUUGUAAACAAGAAAUUAUAAAGAUAUGUGAAGUAAACGUAAAUAAAAUAUCAAAUAAAAUUUCAACUUAAAAAAGUUGCGUUUUCAA